GGAUAUAACAAUUCAACGCUUUUUCUCCUUCUUGUGCCGGAUGUCGUAAAGCAGGGUUAGUUUCCCGGUUACAUUUCCAUGGCAACCAUGGAACCUGUCAACAAGCCCGGAAAACGGAGACGUGGAAGAUGUAAAAAAGGGAAACAAUCCCAUCAUGGUGCGCUGGGCAGGCAGAUGUUCCCAGCUGUGGCUGCUGAGAACCCGGAGAAGUGUGCUGUGAAUGAGAACCAGCUCUCCCUGAACCAACAGAGUCUGCCGCCACUCCACGUGGCGUGCCUUUAUGGCGAGUUGGGUGCUGUUCAGCUCCUGGUGAAGUCCAGCCAACAGUGGAUCAACAGCAGUGAUUCCCAAGGUCGCCGGCCCCUCCACAUGGUCCUGUCCUACCAGAGCUUCCCCAGAACCUGCGCCUGUCUCAGAUACCUGCUGGAGCACGGCGCCGACGUUAACGCCAGCACCACAGACUUGGGGCAGACCCCGUUGCACCUGGCCGCCUCUGAGGGCUUCCUCGACUGUGUAGAGAUCCUCGUGAAGGCCGGAGCAGAUGUUUUGGCCAAGGACAGCUUGGGGCAGACACCUCUGGACUUAGCCUGCAUCUGGUGCCACAGGAAGGUAGCGAGGUAUCUGAAGAGCUGUAUGUGGCAUGUGAAUAAAGAGAAAGAAAGAAAGGAGAGAGUGCUGGUUCAGGCCUUAUACACUGAUCUUGUGGGUAUGGCCAAACAGAAUAAUCUCACCAGAAAGACCCUCACUGAUGAAAAGGUGGCUGAGUGGGCAAACAAGAAAGGCGUGGCCCUCCUGAAGGAUUUCUCCCCCAGGGGGCAGGUGAGCAAGUAUCACACCAAGUGCAUCUUAGCAGAUCAGAGCAACUGUGACUCAAAGCAUGCAAAGGCCCACUGUGAGGAUCAGCAGCCAGAAGGCAUUAAGGAGGACAGGAACACCCGACCUAAGCCACCCUUCAAACCAUGGAGCAUCUUCACAGGCCUGCAGCCAAAGAAACCCCUCGCAGAACCUGACCUCCGUGACAGCAUCACCAUUUGGAGGGACAGCUCCAGCAGGCAACUUCAGUACACCACCAGGUGGGACAGCACGCCUCGCCCCGCUCCUAACCUGCCUCUGGAUGUACUUGAGAGGGCGUUGUUUCCCAGAGCCUUCCCCUCCAGGAUCACCUGCCCACAGGACUUUGAGCCACAGAACAUCAUGGAGGUCAAGCAUCAAGAAUGCCCUCAGGAGCACAGCACCUCCCCCUGGACAGAGGUGGCCAUGUGUCUGGUUGAGGUGCUGGAGUUUAGACACUACUGACUUUCCCAGUCUUGGCUGAAGAAAUUUCACCUGAAACUGGGGAACAGGCUCAGAAGAAAUGCAUUAAAAGCUUGAGUGUCACUAUGUUUAUAGUUUAUCAAAGAGCUUUUUCAAAUGGAAACAUUUGACAUCAACAUAUGUGAAACCCAUUUAGUGCAACUAUUAUGCUCAUUUCCAGCUUCAUAUUUUUUCAUUCUUGAACUCUACUAGGCUAGCUUUGCAUCAUAGAUCAUAAUAAUCCUUAUAGUAAACAUUAGUGCAGCACCUCAGAUCAUCAUGUCUGAAACAAGCUGUUCUCAGCUCCUCUCCAUUUAAGGACACCGUUCUUCUGAUUGGCAGCCCCUCAUCAGCAGAUUUAGACAGCUGGUGGCCAGAACCAGAGGGAUGUAACUGAGAUGUCUAGAAUAGGAUUACUUAUACAUGUACUCAUUACUUGAAAGAUAUAAAGUCCCCUUUAAUAGUUUUUAAAUCAAGUAUAAAAUAUCAAUAAAAGGUUAAUACAUAAA